AUGGCCAAGGCACUCACAUGGGUAGCUCACCGCAUGUCUCGGAACGCCCGCGGGCAGCAUUUGCUCCACAUGGCAUUCUUCAAUCGCCCACCCCUCGUUGUUGUUAUGCCGCCGGCGCCGUCCUACAAGGCGGUCUCCAUCGGCCAUGAGCGCAACCGCGACGAUCCUGCCGUCCACCCGCGCACGCACGCGUCGCACCUCUCGCGCGCGCUCUAUUUAUGGACCUCGCCGCUGCUCGCGCUCGGCAACGAGCGGCAGCUGGACAUGGCCGACGUCUGGCCGCUCGAGCCGUCGCACGUCUGCAAGCGCGUGAGCCGCCGCUUCGAACGCAACGUGCGCAGAUCGCACUCGAUCUGGCGCACGAUCGUAGCGCUCCACGGCCGGCGGUUUGCUGCCAUUGGCGCCAUCCAGGUGCUCGUCGUCGGCUGCACGCUCUACGCGCCGUACGUGCUGCACGAGAUCGUCUCGGCCGCGAGUGCGGACGCCGGCGCCUUUGCGAUGGCAGACGUCCUCUUCGUCGUCGGCGCCCUCUACAUCGUCAAGGUCAUCCAGGCGAUUCUGAGCGCACGCGUGAGCUUCGAGACGCAGCGCAUUGCACUGGACGUGACGUCGGCGCUGCAGCACCUCCUCUUCCAGAAAGCGCUCGUCUUGGACGCGAGCGCCCGCCGGGAAAAGAGCUCGGGCGAGAUCGCCAACAUGUUUUCCACCGACGUCCAAGCCAUCAUCAACUUUUCCGUGGGCGCCAACCAGCUCUGGCUCUUCCCGUUGCAAACAAUUGCGAUCUUGUACAUGCUCCACCGCGUGAUUGGGUACGCGGCCUUUGUCGGCGCCGGCGUCAUUGGCGUCGUGCUUCUCACCAACAACUGCCUCGCGACGACGCAGCGCUCGGUGUUUCGGCGCCUCAUGGAGCUCAAGGACGCGCGCAUGAAGUCGGUCAGUGAGAUCUUUGGCGCGAUGCAGAUCCUCAAGCUCAACGCGUGGGAAGAAAAGUUCUACGACAAGCUCUCGGACGACCGUGAAGUCGAGCUCGGCGCGCUCCGCAGCGUCUUUCGCCUCCAGUCGGUCUGGGUCGGCCUCCUCCUCGCCGCGCCGAUCGUUGUCACGAUCGCGUCGCUCGCCACAUAUACGCUGGUGAUGCACAAGACGCUCUCAGCCGCCAAGGUCUUCACCGCGCUGAGCCUCUUUAGCAUGCUGCGGUUCCCGAUGAUGGCGCUGCCCCAGGUCAUCGCCAACCUCAUGCAGGCGCUCGUGGCCACGCGGCGGAUACGCGAGUUUCUCGACCUCCACGAGAAGGAUGUCGCCGAGGUCAUGACGCCGGCGACGCACCCCGAAGCCGCCAAGACGUACGCGGCCUCCGACAUUGUCAUCGCCAACGGCACGUUCGCGUGGACGGCCGCGACACCGCCGCUGUUUUCCAACGUCAAUCUGUCCAUUGCCAAAGGCGAACUGGUCGUGAUCCAUGGCGUCGUGGGCGCAGGCAAGUCGUCGUUGAUCGCAGCGCUUCUCGGCGAGAUGCACAAGGCCGACGGCAGUCUUGUGUACCGCGGCGGCGACGUGGCGUACUUUUCGCAGCAGGCGUGGAUCCAAAACUCGACGAUCCGCGACAACAUCCUCUUUGGCCGGCGCUACGACCGGAAAAAGUACCACGCCGUCCUCGACGCCUGCGCGCUGACCAAGGACGUCGCGCUCCUGCCGGCGGGCGACCGCACCGAGAUUGGCCAGAAAGGCGUCAACGUCAGCGGCGGCCAGAAGGCGCGCAUCGCACUCGCCCGCGCGUGCUACAGUGACGCCGACAUUUUUCUUUUGGACGCGCCUCUGUCGGCGGUCGAUGCGAUCGUGCAAAACGAUAUCUUUACCAAGUGCAUUCUCGGCCUCUUGUCCAAGAAGACAGUCCUGCUCGUGACGCACUGCCCCGAGAUCAUCGAGUCCAAGCUCAUUGACCGCACGAUCGAGGUCACCAAGCACGGCGUCCUUCUCAACACACCGGUGCAGAAGGAGCUCCCGAGCCCGCUCCAGCAACAUCUUGUUUUCUCCCGCUGCUCGAGCGACGCCUCGGAAGCGCACGAAGACGCGCCGUCGCCGAUGCCGAUGCCAGCCUACCCGCCGUACGCGUACGAAGAAGAGAACUCGCCGACGGGCCAGCUCAUUUUCCAAGAGAUGCGCUCGAAAGGCCGUGUCUCGACCAAGGUGUUUGCCUCGUAUGUGACGGCGAUCGGCGGCGGCAAGGUCCUUCUGACCUGGGCGGGCCUUCUCCUUCUUGGGCAGACGAUGCAGGUGGCCGGCGACCUCAUGCUUGGCGCGUGGAGCUCGGCGCCGGCGACGGCGGAUGCGCGGCUGUAUCUCUGGACGUACGCGGGUCUCGCCCUCGGCGGCAUUCUCAUGUGCACGCUGCGCACGAUCAGCAUCUUUGUGGGCGGCCUCCGCGCGUCCCGAUCGCUCUUUGAUACGAUGACGCGGUCGCUACUGCAGGCGCCGAUGCACUUUUUCGACACAACGCCGCUGGGCCGCGUCCUCAACCGGUUCUCGAACGACAUGAACACGGUCGACGUCCAGCUGCCGAUGCUGCUGGAUCCGCUCACCGGCGUCAUCUUCUCGGUGCUCGUGCAGCUCACGACGACUGUACUCGUCAUCAAGGCCGCGGGCGUCCUGCUCUUGCCGCUCAUUUACAUUUACGUCUGCCUCGCGCGGAGCUACGUGACGCCGGCGCGCGAGAUGGAGCGUGUCGCCAAGACAACCAAGUCGCCGAUGCUCAACCUCAUUUCCGAGUGCAUUGACGGCGCGCUCGUCAUCCGCGCGUUUGGCCAAAAACACAUGGAGCGGUUCCAGUCGACGCACCAAGCCAACGUCGACGCGGCCAACAGCGCGACGUUUGCGAGCCAGGUCAUGACGCAGUGGUUCAUCCUCCGCGUGCAGCUGCUCUCGGCGCACCUCGUGCUCUUCGUGUCGAUCUCGCUCGUGUACCUCCGGGGCAUGCUCUCGCCCGGGCUCAUUGGCCUCGUCCUCAACUACACGUUCAACAUGCUGCCGUCGCUCGAGUACAUUGUCUCGAUCGGCGCCCAAGUCGAGACGGCGAUGGUCGGCCCCGAGCGCAUCGCAGAGUACUGCAGCGUGCCCACCGAGCCGCCGCGCGUGAUUCCUGGCGCGGUGCCGAAGGCGUGGCCCGAGCACGGCGCGAUUGCGUUCACGAACGUCUCGUUCCGGUACAAGUCGUACGACCCGCUCGUCCUCAAGCAAGUGAGCGUCUCGAUCCGCGCGGGCGAGAAGAUUGGCAUCGUCGGUCGCACGGGCGCGGGCAAGUCGAGUCUGACCAUGGCGCUCUUCCGCAUCGCCGAGCUCGCGUCCGGCAGAAUUGAGAUUGACGGCGUCGAUCUCGCAUCCAUUGGCGUCCGCACGCUGCGCAGCCGGCUCGCCAUCAUUCCGCAAAACCCCGUGCUUUUCAAGGGCUCGCUCCGGCAGUACCUCGACCCGUUUGACGAGUUUCUCGACGCCGACCUCUGGUCCGCGCUCGCCAAGGUGCACAUGCGCGACCGGAUCACGCGCGCUGACGGCCUCGACUCGACCGUCGAAGAGAACGGCGAGAACUUUAGCGUCGGCGAGCGCCAAAUGCUGUGCAUGGCCCGCGCGCUCCUUCGGCAAGCCAAGGUCGUCGUCAUGGACGAAGCGACGGCCGCCAUCGACCACGCGACCGACGUGCUUCUCCAGCGCGUCAUUCGCACCGAAUUCGCCAACUCGACGGUGCUCACGAUCGCGCACCGCCUCGAUACGGUCCUCGACUGCGACCGCAUUUUGGUAUUUGACCAGGGCCGCAUCGCGCAGUGCGACAGCCCGAACGAGCUCAUCUCGCUCGGCCGUGGCAUCUUUUACGAGCUCUGCCAAGAGGGCGGGUACCUCGACAAGGUCCUCGCGCAAACCACGCCGACGGGCUCGCCCUCUUCGUCGUUGUCGAUUUCGCCCUAGAGCCUCCCACGUCUUUUUCUAGUUUUUACGUAUUUUAGUCUUAUUUAACACGCGUACCACUGCACCGUGC